AUGGAUUUAUUUGAUGGGCAAUACUUUAAACUUAACAAGAUUUUUUUGACAAUUUGCGGAUUAUGGCCUUAUCAAUCAAAAUUAAGAAGAAGAAUCACUUUUGCGAUGUUGGCAAGCAGCACACUACUGUUUAUUUUUACACUUGUAGCCGGCAUUCUAUCACAGUCGAAGUUUGACUUCGUGAAUACUGAAGAGACAUUUAUUUUCAUAUUUUACUGUUCUGCUGGUCUUCUUAAGUGCACGAUUCUUUAUAAUCAGCAAAAUAAGAUAAAGAAAUUAUAUGAACGCAUAGCGACUGAUUGGAAACAAUUGACCGAUACCUCAGAACGUGACAUAUUACGAUCAUUUUUAUUGGAAGGCCGAAAGUUAAACUUUAUUAUCAUGAUUUCUUGUUCUUCUGCUUUCAUAAUAUAUUCGUGCGUCGAUUUACUUCCUCGAAUACUCAAAGAGAAAUCAGAAUAUCAUCGACCACAUAGCUUUCCUUACUACUUCAGACCUAUGGUAAUAAAUGAAAAAUUGUACGAUUUACAAGUUGCCGUGCAUAUAACCGUUAUCGUAUUUUACGCUGGCUUUGCGUAUAUGUCUGCCAUCGCAACGUAUAUAUCUAGCGUCAAACAUGUUUGUGCUCUAUAUGAAAUCGCCAGAUACCGAUUACAAAAUGCAGUUUCAUACGAUAAAAGCAAUAAUUCACUGCUGGAAUUAGUAGAAGACACAUCGAUAGUUCCUAAGUUAGUCAAAGUUAUCGAUAUGCAUGCACAAGCUCUCAGAGGCAUACAGAUAAUCGAGAAAGUUUUCAGUGCUGACUUUUUCGUCCUGGAAGCUUCUUCUUUAACUGCUUUGGCAACUGACGUAUACGAAUUAAAAUAUUGCAGAGCGAAUGUUCGUACAUUUAUACGAGCUAAGCUAUUAACGCCGAUUGUUAUAAUCUAUUUAUUUUUUGUAAAUUGUUCUGGAGAGCAAGUUAUACAAGCAUGCAACGAUAUGCGUAUAACAGCAUAUUAUAUCGAUUGGUAUAGAACAUCUUCGAGGGCACGAGUUUUCGUGCUCAUGAUCAUGCGACGCACUUUAAAUCCCAAGUAUUUGACAGCAGGAACUAUAGUAAUGAUUAUAUCAAUAGAAAACUUUGCAGCGAUAAUAACGACUGCUUGGUCAAUCGGGACGAUACUACUGACUACGUAA